CCUCCUCCUCCUCCUCCGUCUACGCUGACAGACUAACCGCCUGCUCCAAUCGGAGGCCGCGAAUGCGGGAGCGGCCAAUCGGGAGUGCCAGUGGGCGGGAUGGCAGGGUGAGGUUUGAUUUGGCGGUCCGACUUGAACAUGGCGGAAUCAAGCGCCGCUAACUCGGCGGCUGAGGAGAAAGGGUGUGAGGGCUCGUCUCCGGAGUCUGGACCACCGCGUCCUGGCAUGUCGCGGGUGCAGCUCCUCGACACCAUGGUGGACACUUUUCUCCAGAAGCUGGUCGCCGCCGGCAGCUACAAGAGGUUCACGCACUGCUACAAGCGCUUCUACCAGCUGCAGCCUGACAUGACCCAGCGCAUCUACGACAAGUUUAUAACUCAGCUACAGACAUCUAUCCGGGACGAGAUCUCUGAAAUCAAGGAGGAAGGCAACCUCGAAGCUGUCUUAAAUUCCUUGGAUAAAAUUGUGGAAGAAGGCAAAGACCGCAAGGAGCCAGCCUGGCGCCCCAGUGGGAUCCCCGAGAAGGACCUGCGCAGCACCAUGGUCCCCUACUUCCUGCAGCAGCGGGACACCCUACGACAGCACGUGCAGAAGCAGGAAGCCAAGAACCGGCAGCUGGCAGAGGCCGUCCUGGCUGGGCGCCGGCAGGUGGAGGAUUUGCAGCUGCAGGUACAGGCCCGGCAGCAGGCCUGGCAGGCUCUGCGCAGAGAGCAGAGGGAGCUGGUGACUGUGCUGCGGGAGCCCGAGUGAGGAAGAGACGGCCAGGCCCAGCAACAGAGGGCAGCUGAGGUCGCAGGCCUGUGGUCUGCAUUGGCAGGCCCCGGGCGAGCAUCCCUGCAGACAGCUGCUGCGGUACCCGGUUCUGGGAGUAGCCAGGCUUUUGCUUCAGAGCCAGGCUGGAGCAGCCCCGUUGCCACAGUGCCUUUGGAGCUCCCUGGGGUCACACACAACACUCCCUUCCGAUCCCCCCGCUUUAUUCUGACUGGAGAAUUGUUGGCAAGUUCCCCCCGCUGGGCUGGGGCCCACGCCACCCCCAGCGCUGUGGUUUCUGAGGUGUCCCCAACCUGGCUUAGGGAGCCUGUUUUCAGUCUCCACUGAUUGCCCCCUUGCUGGCGAGCCCAAGGGCUCUAGCCAUGGUCUCCCCACAUCCGUAAAUAAACUUCCUGCAGCACACUGUAA